GGUGGCGGUUUGGGUCGCGGUGCAGGGCGCGGGAUGGAGGCGGACUCGGAGAACUGCGUGGCCGCCUGGUGGGACAUGGUGGUGAGGAACCUGCGAUCUUGUCCAUCCUCCUGUUCAGCACUUGGAAGAAAAAUUGCUUGUCUAUACAAUGACUUUACCAGUAAAUCAUUAAAAGACCGUAUUUUCCCUCCUCUCAUGGAAAUGCUAAUAUUUUUUAAUUUUUUCAAAGCACCAUUUCUUGUGGAUUUGAAAAAACCAGAGUUAAUAAUUCCUCACACAGUGAACUUCUAUAUCAAGUGUCGGCCGAAGGUGAUUCUGGGAAUCUGGCACACAGUUCCCAGCUGCCGUGGGGAAGAUGCGAAGGGCAAGGACCGUUGCUGGUAUGAAAUGGCCCUCCAAGAUGGCAACCCCAUCAUUGUUUACCUUCACGGCAGCGCAGAACACAGGGCAGCACCACACAGAAUUAAGCUGGUAAAGGUGCUGAGUGAUGGUGGUUUCCAUGUUUUGUCUGUUGACUACAGAGGGUUUGGGGACUCUACAGGCAAGCCCACAGAGGAGGGGCUGACAGAAGAUGCCAUUUGUGUCUAUGAGUGGACUAAAGCAAGAUGUGGUGCCACUCCUGUGUGUCUCUGGGGGCACUCUCUGGGGACAGGAGUUGCAAUAAAUGCUGCAAAAGUGCUUGAAGAGAAAGGAUGCCCAGUUGAUGCUAUUGUCUUGGAAGCUCCAUUUACCAACAUGUGGGUCACAACUAUCAAUUAUCCUUUGUUAAAGAUAUACCGGAAUCUUCCAGGAUUCUUACGCAUGCUUAUGGAUGCUCUGAGAAAAGAUAAAAUAUCCUUCUCUAAUGAUGAAAAUGUAAAAUUCCUGUCCUCUCCCCUUCUCAUCCUACACUGUGAGGAUGACAAGACGGUGCCUUUGGAGUUUGGAAAAAAGCUCUAUGAAAUUGCACACAGUGCAUACAGGAACAAAGAAAGGGUUGAGAUGGUUAUCUUCCCUCCUGGCUUCCAACACAACUCUCUUUACAAAAGCCCUGCCCUGUUACAGACCGUGAGGGAUUUCCUGAGCAGGCAGUGGGCAUGAAGUCUGAGAGCAACAGAGAUCUUCAAGGAAGACUUGGUGUUGGAUAAUAUUGGGUUGUCCUUGUUCCUCCCACAGGGAGCUUAGGUUUAUUGAGUUACUCCCACAACAGUGCUCCUUGAGGCACACCCAAUUCCAUCAAGCACUAAUAAUCCUAUAUUGCUUUUAUCUUUCCUUUAUGUCACUUGUAUGGUUUAGCAAGGUCCAUUUUGUAUAGAUACAGGAAGACAGUUGAAGCUAUGCUUUUGUAACAUGGGAGUUAAUUGACUCAAAUAAUAUUUACUCCUGGACAUCUAUUGUAUUUACCUGACUUAAGUCUCAGUUCCCCUUACUUCCUAAUACCCUCAAAAGGAGGGUCCCCAGGAAGGGACUGGAUGAACCCAGGGCAAGCUGUAAACUAUCUUUGCAUUAAAAGGGGACAAGCUAAGCGCCAUAAAUAUAAUAAGUUAAGAGCAUGGUCAUGGAGCAAACUCUGUCAUGACCCAAAAAGAAGUAACUGAAUAAGGAGCCUGUUAGAGUUAGGACAGAGUAACCUGGCCUGAGGACUGUAGUCUGGGAUAUAUAGCAA